GGCUAGCGACUGGGCGGGUUCCCGGCGGUCCUUCCCACCCUCUUUAUUCAGAUGACGGGCACACACAGGGUGCCAAUUGUCCCCUCUCCGUCUCGGGUUUUACGGUCAGCUCGCAUGUAUGUGAGCUGACGUGAAGGCAUCGCAGAGGGGGCGUCCGUUCUCACACCGACGGCGAAAUGAUUAGACCGUGAGCCGCGAGGGGCAACGUAAACAAAAGGCCACCCGGAAAGGAGGCGAGUGAAACACCGACACUGGAGCUGAUGAGAUGAAGAGGCUCCAGAGCAGGUAUCUGAUCAUCAUCGUCGCUUACUCGGUGUUGCUGCUGACCGUCCCUUACUUGCUGGACUGCAACAACUACAACAGGGCUCCCAGGGAACAAUACUUGCUCCGGGAUUUCCCCAAGGAGGUGGAAGACCCUCGUUCGACGCAAGGCGGCGACGCGAACAGUUCGACUCCGGGGACAGUGGUCAACAAGAAGCAGCACGUGUACCUGCACGCCACUUGGAGAACGGGGUCCUCGUUCGCGGGAGAGCUCUUCAACCAGCACCCUAGGGUGUUCUAUCUGUACGAGCCCAUGUGGUUGAUGUGGCAGGCUCUGUACCCGGGCGACGCCGAGAGCUUGCAGGGGGCGGUCAGGGACAUGCUACGCUCCCUCUUCCAAUGCGACUUCUCCGUGCUGAAACUGUACUCGUCGCCCGGCCCCUCGGGCUCGUUGACCACCCGCACCAUCUUCGGUUGGAGGAACAACAAAGUCAUCUGCUCGGCGCCUUUGUGCAGCGCCUACAAGAAGGAGCGCGUAGAGCUAGUGGACGCCAGUGUCUGCGAGAAACAGUGCGCGCCCCGGGACAUCAAGGAGUUGGAGACCGAGUGCAGAAAGUAUGAUGUGAUAGUGAUUAAGGACGUAAGAGUCUUGGAUGCGGGGAUUCUCCUCCCCCUGAUGCAGGACCCUUCCCUGAACUUCAAGGUAGUUCAGCUGGUCAGGGAUCCCAGGGCAGUGCAUAACUCCCGGAUGAAAUCGAAGCUCUCCCUCGUCAAGGAAAGCAUCCAAGUACUACGGAGCAAGAAGAGACAGGGAAAAGAUCAACGUGCGAUUCCCAGUAGGUCGCAGAGGGCGGACACCUACGUGUCUAACGCCCUGGAGGUGAUUUGUGAGGCCUGGAGCCGCGACCAGGUGCUGGUCAGAAGCUCCCCAGCCUGGAUCACUCAGAGGUAUCUCACCAUUCGCUACGAGGACCUGGUGCUGGAACCAGUGGAUGGGUUGAGGACACUCUACACCUUCGCCAGUCUCACGGCCACUCCCUCUACCGAGAAAUACGUGUUGAACAUGACGCGGGGGAUAGGCUACUCUUCGGACAAGCCCUUCCUCAUCUCUUCCAGGGACGCCAAGGAAGCCAUCAGUGCUUGGAAGAAAAGGCUGAGCUUGGUGCAGAUCGAGCAGGUGGAGCAGAAGUGCCAAAAGGCUAUGAAAUUGCUGGGCUACCAGUUAACGAACGAGCACUACACGUAGACCUACCUCCCAUUUAGGGUUCGGAAGUCAGAUUAAGAUUCGCCCAAGCAAAUUUGGGACAGCACUCAGUUCCAAGCCCACAGAAACAGAUAAACUGACUCUCGUAACUGGCACCAUCCACUUGCUCCCUCUUCUUUUCCACCUUCCUGGAAUUACGCACAGUGUUGCAAGAACUAAUGAAAACGUUGCAGCAGAACAUUCGAAUUCUGAAACAGUAAUUGAUUGGACACCAGAGAAGAGGUUUUUUUAUUUUGUAAACUGUAACAGGGCACACAGUUAAAAGUAGUAUGGUUACACUCAGAGUUAGUUGGUGAGUAGAAAGUAAAUCGGUUUCCUGAAAAGAAGGAUGAGAUGCAUGUUGUUCCACAAGACUGCAUUGGGGUUCAUCUCAUUUUAAUUUUCAUGUUCACCAAGUUAUUUGGAUUUGCAAAUUGGAAGGUUUAACUAGGAGAGACUAUUGUUACAAGUUUAUGAAAUAUUCAAUAGACAUGCUUUUGUAUGAUUAA